AUGACUUGGUCCAUCGAACUCUCUCAAUAUGACAUACGGUACGAGCCCCGGCAAGCCAUCAAGGCGCAGGCCAUGGCGGAUUUCUUGGUUGAGGUAACGGGAGAUCCAGGCGAAGACAUGGGUACACGGUGGAAGCUCCAUGUGGACGGAGCCUCCAACCAGACCUUCGGAGGUGCCGGGAUCAUCCUGGAAAGCCCGAUUGGGGUUGUAUACGAACAGUCGGUUAGAUUUGAAUUUCUCAUCUCAAACAACCAAGCGGAAUACGAAGCCCUCAUAGGAGGCUUGACCCUAGCGGCGAAGGUCGGCGCAAGAAGACUGGAAGUAUGCAGCGAUUCCCAAGUCGUCACUUCCCAAGUAAACGGCAGCUACCAAGCCAAGGACCCCUUGUUGCAGAAGUACUUGGAAAAGGUUAAAAGCUUGAGCCAAAAGUUCGAAGAGGUCACGGUCCAGCAUGUACCCAGAGAAAGGAAUGCACGGGCAGACCUCCUAUCAAAAUUGGCCAGCACGAAGCCAGGGGAGGGGAACCGGUCUCUCAUCCAAGGCAUGACAAGGGAACCAGCAAUUGCACUACACAUAACAACCCUAAGUUCUUCAUGGCUAGACCCCAUCACCAACUUCCUAGAACACGGCCAAGUCCCUGGUGAUGAAAAGGAUGCGGCAAAAUUGAGAAGAGAAGCGGCAAAAUACGCCGUCAUCCAAGGACAGCUGUUCAGGAAGGGGCUUAGCCAACCCCUACUGAAGUGCCUACACCCCGACCAGACGGACUAUGUCCUCAAGGAAGUCCAUGAGGGCUGCUGUGGGCACCACAUCGGAGGCAAAGCCCUAGCAAGGAAGUUAAUCCGAGCUGGGUACUACUGGCCGUCGAUGAUGGCAGAUUCCAAAGAGUUUGUCAAAAAGUGCAUAAAGUGCCAACAGAACGCCAACUUUGCCAAGGCACCGGCCUCCGAGUUAAGUGUGCUAACGAUCUCCCGGCCGUUCGCUCAGUGGGGAGUCGACCUUUUAGGACCCUUCCCGGUCGGCCCUGGGCAGGUGAUAACACGAUUCGGGAUACCAGAAGUCGUCAUCUCGGACAAUGGCACACAAUUCACUGACAAGAAGUUCACGGAAUUUCUUAGCGGCCUGGGUAUAAGGCAAAGGUUCUCUUCGGUAGAACACCCUCAGACGAAUGGACAAGUGGAGUCCGCCAACAAGGUUAUCCUUUCAGGGUUGAAAAAGAGGUUGGACAACAAGAAGGGUGCUUGGGCCGACGAGCUAGCGUCGGUCCUCUGGUCUUACCGAACAACCGAGCAGUCCUCCACCAAGGAAACACCUUUCCGAUUAACAUACGGGGUGGAUGCGGUAAUACCCGUAGAGAUCGGUGAACCGAGUCCGCGAUUGCUUUUGAAGGGAGUGGAAGAAACUGUAGAAAAGGACCUGAUAGAUGAAGCCCGGAAAAUGGCCCAUUUGACGGAAACGGCGCUAAAACAAAGAAUAGCUCUGCGAUACAACACCAAAGUGCUCAAGAGGGAAUUUGAGCCUGACGACCUCGUCCUAAGGCGGAACGAUAUCGGCCCGCCGACCCCCGGAGAGGGCAAGCUAGCGGCAAACUGGGAAGGUCCCUACAGAGUCAAAAAGGUGAUGGGAAAAGGAGCCUUUAAGUUAGAAAGGCUCGAUGGCAAGGAGGUCCCGAGGACAUGGAACGCGGACAACCUUAGAAGAUUCUACUCCUAG